UUCGUGUUUAGGUAAAACGUCAUUCAGUUAGUACUUUUUUUUUCAUAAAUAAAAUCCAAGUCCAACAAACACUGUGCUUUGUUAUGUCGUUUCAUCAAACAAGUUUAUUUGUAAUUUGUUAAGUUAGUGAAUAAGAAAAAUGGCAGACUUUGACGCAAUAUAUCCAGACGAAACUGAAAGUGAGGAGAAUAUAGAAGAGACACAUGUGACGUUAGUGCCCGAUCCAAUCGUUGUUCGUGGAGCUGGUAACAUGACAGUUUUUGGUUUAAGCAACCGUUUCAACAAUGAGUUCCCCUCUGGUCUUCAAUCACGAGUAGCCCCCGAGGAAUACCAGGCUACGGUGGCUCGUAUCAACAGCGUUCUGAAGAAGACAUUGCCUGUUAAUGUGAAGUGGUUGUUCUGCGGAUGUGUUUGCUGCUGCUGUACUCUUGGAUGCUCUCUUUGGCCAGUUAUAUGUCUAAGUAAAAGAACACAACAUUCACUUAAUAAGCUAUUGGAAUGGGAGAACAGUCGGCUUUACAAUAAAUUGGGUCUGCGCUGGAGACUUACCAAGCAGCAUUGUGACUCGUCUUCCAUGAUGGAGUAUGUACUUCUUAUAGAAUUUAUACCCAAAAUACCCAUAUACAGGCCUGACUAAACAUUACAACAAAUUUUGUUUUGUAAAUACAUUUUUACCUAAUUAAAAAAAAAAUUUGACAUGACUAACUCUAAUAUAAAAACAAGCCGAAUGUACCAUGUACAAUUUAUAUUUAAGGGAAUCUUUGUAAUUGGCGUUGUUAUUCAUCAAGCCAUUUUAUAUUGUAUAGAGCAAGUAGGUGAUGAUGCUUUUUGUGUAUAGAUGUCACUUUAAUUGCAAGCUAUUAAAUGUUAAGUCAUUCUAAGCAUUUGCAUUACACCUUAUUGUUGAUAAUGCAUUGUUAACGUAGUCAUUCUAAAUUUAAAAGUGCGACAGGCAUCUUUUGGUACGUUGAUGACAUUUAGAAUUGGUGUUGCCAGAUAAUAAAAAUCGUAUUAUUCCAAAUGAGGAAAAAUUAUGAGUGUAAUUACUUUUGUAACUACAAGCAUAUCAUUGGUGUUGUAUAAAAUAACAGCAAUAAUGAGACUAUUUAAUAAGUUAAGAGAGAAAGGCCAUGAAUCGACUUACUAUUCUAUAAUUAAUUUCUUAUUUGGCUUCUAAAAACACCUGGCAGUUACUUUUGCUGUCAAAAGUGACAAUUUACAAUGUAACGGGAAAACGCCAUAUUUGGCCUCGUGCCAAAAGUUUCUUGUCGCACUGAAAUGAGGCUGAUAAAAAAACGAAGCGGAAUUUCAGUAUUUUAAUGUUUAUGUUGCAAGCAAAAAUAAUAUUCAUGAUAUUUAAAUCAUCUUUCCUGAAAAAACAUUGCUUCAGAUGUCAUGAUCUGACAGUUUAUGUUAUAACUCGGGGAAAUUGCAUGAUUAUUAAAAAAAAUAUUCACAAGUCAGGCCUCAACGAAAGAGGUUGAAUUAUUUAAUAAAUUGCGCACAUCAAUGUUAAAGCGUUAAGAGAUCUUAUUAUUUGCCCUUAAAUUAAGUCUCUAUUAGACAAACUCGAUUUUUUUUACUAACGAACAAUUUUUUUUAAAGAUGUUUUGUUAUAUACGUAUGUAUUUUUUUUAUAACAAGUACCUGAACGACGACUUUAGUUUCGAUAUAAGUUUUUCAGUUAAAAAAAUUAUAUAACAUAUGCUUGUUCUGUGAAUUUAAUUUAGGGAGACUAUUUGGGACUGUGUUACUAGGAAAUUAAUUUUUGUAGUAUGUAUUAUUUAGUGAAAGUUCGCCCUCUUUUCUCUUUUCAACAUGUUGUGAAGGAUAUCAGUGGGUACACGUUGUCACUGCAAUAUUUAUAUUAAAAAAACAAUCUCGAUGUUUCUUUUAAUAAAAAAAACGUAUAAAUAACUUAAUGAAGUAACAGCAAUGGAGUUGUCUUGCCACCGCCUUCUCUGCCGAGGACAACGGUUGAAAAGUGAACAGGGUAUGUUGACAUUAAGUUGUAAUCUAAGCUAAAUUGUAAAUAUUUUAAUUACAUUAUAAUAUAGAAUAUUUUUGUUCAAAUAAUAAAACUCACUAUGUGAUAAUACAAAUCUUUUUCUAUCCGAUAU